AUGGACUCCAGCGAUCGGGUGCGGGCGAACAGCCCCCGGGUCAUCAUUCACAAAUAUGCGAAGAACAGCGAGACAAUCAAGACUGCACCUGCCGAAGCGGACUACCCAAGAUCGUAUGACAAGAACUGGACCCCUCCUUACACCGCCAUAGCAGAGGCGAGGGCGCUUGUCAACUUCAAGAAAGCCUGGGAAGCUAAUCCAGCUGAGGAGUUCCUAGUGGUCGAUCUCACCGAUUUCGAAAUCUAUCUAUCACCGAACGCGAAGCAGUUUGCCAAUGAGCUCACGUCUCUGGAGUUUCUGGAUGUCCGCGGUAGGGAAUUGUGCUUCGAUGGAAUCCUCGCUAUUGGAGAGGUGCGCCACUACGUUCGAGCGGUGCGCGUCAAAGUAUACUCCAUUGAAGGAUACGGAGAAGAGGAUCGCCCAAAUACCACCAUUUUUCUCCAGUCUCAGGAAGCGAACCACGACCGCGACUACGAUAUCUGGUAUCGGUUAAACAGCCCCGCUCGCCGCUACAGAAGAUUCUACGAGCCGUUCAAGUGGGUUGCCACCUUUGGAAAGCAUGUUAUUGAUUACCUGGAGGCGCACGAAGACUCUAUCAGCCUUGAGAGUUUCCGGAACGACUUUCAUCAGUGGCUGAGCCACCGGUUCUUGAACAAUGCUGACUUUACCGACUGGCUCCGCGAGUAUGGCAGAAUCGACUUUUGCAUAUCAGUCCACGCUCAUAUCGAUUAUCUCGUGCAAGAGGCCAUCAAGCCGCAACCUAUCAUCUGCACGAAAACGAUUACCACUCCUCAUACUUUUCAUUGCUUCAAGAAGAGGUAUUUUGCGGAAGAGUUACUGGAGAUGGAGCCAUCGGACGCUGUCCGGCAACUUCAAGAUCGUAGGAAACGAUUAUUGGGGUUUCCCAUAGAUCCGCCGCCCAAACAACCAAAGACGUCUCCUAAAUCCAGCCUCUUCCGGCUUCGGGAUCUUCGGCCCUUCGUAGUCGGCGAUGUUGUUGCUAUCGAGCCAAACGAAAGCGAAGAAAAGCUCUGGCGGAAGACAGCAACGAAUGAAGCGGUCCAAAGGGAAUGGGUUGCGUACAUUCACAGGGUUGAAAUGUUAGAGGACAACACUCAGCAGUUGUUCGUUCUCUGGUUGUACCAUCCAGAAAACACUACAAUCUCCACAGCGGACUAUCCCGUUGAGAAGGAGCUGUUCAUGUCCGACCACUGCAACUGCAACGAGCCAAAACUCCUUUCGACCGAUGUCACUAGUCGACGCACCGUCGAUUGGUUCUCUAGAGCGUUCGACACUGAUAAGGACUUUCUGGUACGGCAGACCUAUAUGCCCGAGGAAGCCCAUUUCAUCACGCUCCAAAAGGCACAUUUCGGAUGCGACUGCACGAAGGGAGAUACAGGGUCGGUUCAAAACUGUCGCGUUGGAGAUAGCGUAUACAUCAAGAAGACCAAUGCUGGACGUCGUAUUCUGGAGCCGGUGGUCAUCCAUAGUGUUGACCAUACAAACAAGGAGGUCACAGUACGGCGACUGCUUCGAUUGAAGAGGGAUUGCCCAGACACACUCGGGAAUACGCGAAAGCGAGGGAUCGCAGAAAAUGAGUUGGUCUGGACUAGGGAGCUCAUCAAGGUUUCGGCUCAGCGUGUCGAACGCAGGUGCUACAUCAAGUUCUUCUCCAUAGAAGACGUCCUCUCCCACAACAUACCCUUUCCCUACAAUCGAGGAGGAGCAGGCGACUUUUGGAUCUUAUCAACCCAGCGGACAAUGACCGAGGAUCAACCAAAAAUCAAGCCUCUAGCAGAGGCGCCUAUAUCCCUUAUUCAGGGGCCAAAUCCCACUAUGAAGCCAUCCUUCGAGAAGUUGCCUGGACUCGGCCUUUUCAGCGGUUGCGGAAACUUGGAUCGCGGUCUUGAAGAAGCUGGCGCAGUUCAAUUUAAAACGGCGGUCGAUUAUAAUGCGGAAGCUGUGCAUACUCUGCGAGCGAAUGCGCGCUACACUGACCUCAAGCUCUGGCUCGGUUCGGUAGACGACUACUUGGCGGCUGCGCUUUCUGCAAGCGAUAUGGAAGAAUUCGCAGUUAUUGCUGCUGGGAGUCCGUGCCCCGGGUUUUCAACUUUGCAACAAGACUGGCUCAGCAAGCAGUCGCUCAAAAACGCAUCGCAUGUCACUACAUUCUGUUCUUUUGUCGACCUCUACCGACCUAAGUGGGCCCUACUAGAAAACGUGGUAAAUAUGGCCUGCAAUAGGAAGGGUUAUGAAGGGGAGCGAGUCUUAUCGCAAAUUGUGGCAUGCCUAGUGGCACUCGGUUAUCAAGUCCGUCAGUUCAUCAUGAGUUCUUGGAAUUACAGGGGCUCCCAGCAACGUUCGAGGCUCAUCGUUUCCAUUGCUGCACCGGGUCUUGCUCCUAUCAUCGCACCUUGGCACACACACUCCCAUCCGGACAGUGCUAAAAGCAGGAGCAUUGGGGAGCUUUUGACUGGUCAGAAAUUUGGCGUGCAUGAAGAGUAUCCAACUCCCUUUGCUUUUGUCUCUGCGGGAGAGGCCAUCGCUGAGCUCCCAAACAUUGGCAAUGGGAAGGUGCAGACUUGUAUUCCCUUCCCAGACCACAGGCUGCACAGGCCAUUAAAUCGCGAUUACCAGAACAUCAUCAACCGCGUGCCUACGCAUCCUCCAGGGCAAGGGUUGGCUGAUGCUCUGAGACUGGGCCUCAUUCCCCCCGACUUUCCCGGGGUCAGGAAGGAAAUAGGAAAAGCGUUCCGUCGUAUGACGAAGGAUGGCUUGAUCUCCACCAUUACCACGAAUCCAAGUCCACAUGACGCUAGAGGUGGUGCCGUGGUGCACUGGGAGCAAAACCGGCCACUCAGUAUCGAAGAGGCGAGACGCGCUCAAGGCAUCCCACCCGACGAAGUCAUCAUCGGAUCCCUCAGCGAGCAGAUCCGAAUGGUCGGGAAUGCCGUUGACAGGCACGUCGCCGAACCACUGGGACUAAGUCUGCGGCACGCGGUAGAAACCAGCCCCGCAGAGAUAUUGAACGCCGACAAGGUUUCAAGCGAUAAGGAUACAGGUGUUAUGACCGAUGAUACUGGGCACACUAUACGUCUCAACAUGCGGAUUACGGCUUCCUCUUCUCGUCAGCCUCCCGAAACAACACUCGAAAGUAAAUCUGGCGCUGUAGAGCCUUCUGACAACGAGCCGAGCACGACGGGAGGAGUCUUAACAUCAGACACUAUUUUUGAGAGACUAUCAAAGAGUGUCUCAGGUUUUCUGCGGCCUACCUUCUCGGCAUUGUCUAAUCACUUGCCUGUCCGAGGCAAGCGAGCAAGGGAGGAGUUCGAUGAUGUUGAAGAGCGGCCUCACCUCCCCAGUGAAGAGUCUUCUAGGUCCUCCCUGAGCAAAAGAGCGCGACGCGAGGAACAUUUGGAGCAGUCCGGCAUCACUCCCUCAAACGGCAUUCCCACAAAGCUCACCAAGCCCGGAUCAAGGCCACAUCACCUCGACCCUUGUUUCGAGAAGGCACCCUCUAGGAAAACCCGACAUUCCGGACUUCCAGUCCAAUACGUUCCUCAGGCGUGGGACAAGGUGCCGGAGAAAGGACUAAAGAAGGCAAAUGAGCAGGGCAGGCGAGCAUACGCCUGACAGGAUAGCAUGUGGUGGUAUCAGUCGUCAAGUUAGAACACAGGAGCAUUUGAGCGGCGUUACUCUUUGCUAUCGUCUCAUCGUGCAUUACAGCGGGGAAGCCCUGGUUAUUGGAGGAUAUCCGCUGUGACUCUUCACUAGCGUUCUGCAUUCAAGAUACCCAACUCUUCAGCAUAAACAUUCUGAAC